AUUUAAGGCUUCAAAAUAACAAAUAGUACAAACAAAUCAGAAAAUGGAUCCGAAUUUAGUUUUGUACGGGGAUGGUGAGUUCUUAAUGGCUGAAUUUGAGCUCGAUGGAGAUCUGGUUGUGAACAGCGAUGAACUGCAGCCAGGCGCCACUGUGUUGGUCACCAAUGAGACAGAUGGCGUUGUUAGCCACGAGGAGUUGGCCAAGUUUUUGGAGAUGCAGCCGAGUAUUCCGAUACCCACGGACGAGGCUGUAGAACGCACUCUGGCUGAUCCGGCAUUGAAGCAGAUCCUGCAAAAGGCCGAUGGCAAGGUGGACUUUGAUCCCGAGGCCGAACAAGAAAAGCUGCGCGAGUUCCUGUCGGGAGUGAACAGCAAGAAGACAGUUGCGGAGAAUGCUGCCGCUCCAGCUGAGGCUGUGGCCCAAAAGCCGCUGCAGGCAUUGGUGUCGCAGCCACGCCCCCCAGGGCCGCAGUCAACAGUUUUUCGUUUCAUCAAGUGCUCCAAUUGCAAUGGCCUCUUUGACACGGUCUCAUUUCAGAAUCACAACUGUGAGUACGACUCGGAGCAGAAGCCAACAAUUCGAACGGCAGCAGUGCAGGAGAAGAAGCCAUCCACGCCGCCCAUAAAGGCGCCCAGUGAGCGCAUCAUCGUUGAGAACCAGGUGCGCAUUCGUCGCUAUAUGAAAGACGAGCUCAAGUACGAUCUAGAGACUGGCUUCGACAGCUCCAUGUCCAAAAAGGCCAACACGAAGGGCCCCAACGAGUGCAGCAUCUGCGAGCGGAAAUUUGUGCACACCUCCGGCUUGGUUCGCCACAUGGAGAAGCAUGCGCUUGACUUGAUCCCCACACAGUCAAGCAUCCAGCAACAAAAUGUGGCUCCCUCCGCGCUGGGACUGCUGGUGGUGCUCAAAUGCGACCACUGUGGCCGCAUCUUCUACGACGUCAAGCUGGCGCUGGAGCACAUCUUUGUGCAUCAGUUGCCCACGAAUGUAGCUGAGGUCGAGCCUGUGGUUGAGGAUGAGGCUGUUCUGAAGAAAGAACUCAAGGAGCUCAUGCUGGAGGGCGAAAAUCUGCUCUCUCUGACCGCCGAGCUGGGAAGGAUGUCGCUCAAGAGCGGGGAUGAAUAUUUCACCACUCUCGUUCUCGGCAAUGUGUUGCAGUGCGAGUUCUGCGACUUCAUCUUUGCGGAUGUGUCCUUCCUGCUGGCGCACUCGGCCACGCAUGUGCCGGAGCGUCGUUUCGAGUGCACCGCUUGUGAUUUGCGAAUGACCACCGCCAAAGAGGCCAGCGUCCAUUAUCAGACAGACUGCGUCUAUAUGCGCGAAGGGCUCAAGCAGCUGCAGGCGCAGCCGAAUCGCUUCUUUGUGUGCAACGUGUGCGAACUCAAGUUUGCCAACGUGGAGCUGCUCCAGGAGCAUCGCUAUAGCUGUUAUCACUACUUUCCUCGGCUCAGCGAGAGCGGCAAGCGUCUGGUGCUGCCAUGCGAGUUCUGCACCACAAAUUUUGAGUACGCGCACGAGAUUCAGCCACACUACGAGGAGAAGCAUCUGAAUAAGAAGAAGCGCGAAAAGGAGCUGCGCAACAGUGGGAGUGCAGCCACGAUGGGCCGUUUGCGCCAAUAUCUGUGCGACAUUUGUGGCAAAUCCUAUACGCAGUCCAGCCAUUUGUGGCAGCAUCUGCGUUUCCACCAAGGUGUGAAGCCCUUUGUGUGCCAGGAGGAGAACUGUGGCCGCAAAUUCACCAUACGUCCAGAUCUUAAUGAUCACAUACGCAAAUGCCAUACUGGCGAGCGGCCGUAUCACUGCCUGGUGUGCGGCAAGCGCUUCCUCACCGGCUCCGUUUUCUAUCAGCAUCGCCUCAUCCAUCGGGGCGAGCGGCGGUACGAGUGCGAGGAGUGCGGCAAGCGUUUUUAUCGUGCUGAUGCACUAAAGAACCAUCAGCGUAUUCACACCGGCGAAAAACCCUACGAUUGCCCCUUCUGCACCAAGACAUUCCGACAGCGUGGCGACCGGGAUAAGCAUGUACGGGCACGGCACUCGCACUUGGACGCAAAUGCACGGCUAAUGAUGCAGAUGCAAAAGUUCGAAUUAGAGACGGCAGCCGCAUUGAAAGCGAAGCAAAUGCAGGAGAGCGGACUUGAAUAUGUGGUCGAUUCGGUAGCCGACACGGUUAUGCAUUCGCCGACGUCGCCAAUGGCGCAUGAGCAACAGUUUGAGAUGGUUGAAUUGGAUCCCGCCGAUUAUGGUGAUGGCUCCGAGUAUGUGCAAAGUAUGCCAAUGCUUUCUAAUAAUGAGGAGCAAGAGCAUAUGUCGCUCGUAGACCAGAACCGAAGAGAACAAACAGAGAAACCGACUUUCCAGUUAGAAAACAACGAAAAUGUGAAAGUUGUGGUGGUAGAAAAUAAUACUUCGCAACCGUUUUAUUUCUAACAUAUGUAUAUGUUUCU